AUGAAUGAUACUGAAGAUACUAUAUACAUUCCGAUUCCACACUAUCCACCAUUCAAGCUUCGAUCAUCUUUAAUUGAUAAAGAUCCCGUGAUAUGGGUGCAUUUACUUGAAGCUUAUAUUCAUCUUAUGACAGUUUUACUUGACCCAGAGACCCCAAAAUUAAAUGUUAAAUCACAACAACAAUUGCAAUUAUUCUUGAAAAUAUUCUUAUUUGAAACAUGUGAAGAAGAAACCAAAAUUUUUUCUUUGGGUGCCAUCAACCCUGAUAUUAAAAAGAAUACCAGCAUUUUAAAUGCAUACGUUUUCCAAUUGAUUAAAAAGUAUAGUUUUGUCAAAUUGAACUUAACUGGAGAAGCAAUAUGGAAUUUCACAAAGAUUCAUGCCCCAAAAAACAUCAGUACUGUAAGAGGAUUAAUUGAUGGUACUUUUAAAUCUGAGUUUAACGACAAUAAAAAAUCGGGGAAUAUAUCUUCUAUUUCACCAGUACAAAAACACUUGGACUUGAUUGUAACUAAUGGAAAAUUUACUAAAACUGAAGAUCUUGUGAUAUUAUCUAUGUUAUUAGGACAAAACACUACUAGAACAAGCACAUUUUCUAUGGGAUCCAACAAAAGUAUCAACAAGAAGCGAAAUCGAUCAUUGCCCUUUGCAGAAAAUUUUGUCAAUGUCCAAUGGAUAGAGUUAUUAGAAAAGGGGUAUGCCAACGGCAAAAGUGUCAAUGCUGAUAUUAUAAAAGAUAUUAUGAUUAUAUCUAUCAUUUCACUAUCUGCAGAGAAAUUGGCUACAUUGACGAUGAAUUUGGGAAUCACUUCAAUUGCUGCAUUUAAUGUUUGUCCGUUGUUCAGUUCAAUCAUUAUUUCUGAACCAUAUAAGGAAUUGAUUCCCAAUUUGGAAAAAAAGUUACCAUUUUUGAGAAACAUAGAUAUCGAUGAUGAUAACGGUUAUGAAGACGAUGAUUUGGAUGGUUACGAAGAUAAUAUAGAAGGGAUUUCAAUACUAGUUGAUUUGUGGCCCAAUAUGACAGAAAGAAAAGCCAAGAUUAUACUCAAGCAACAUAAUGGUGAUGUAGAACACGUUACAAAUCUAUUAUUAGAGAAUCCUGAAUUGAUUGACAAGAUUGAAAUGCCGAAAAAGACCAACAACGGUACAGCUUCCACUAGCAAUAAUACUAAAACUUUUACUGGGUCGUAUAAGAUUUUUUCAGGGAAAAAGAAGGGAAGUCUAAACAAUAAUACAAAGCUUAAUGCGCCUAGUGCUGAUUUGAAAAAGAAAACAUUAGAAUCUGCACUUAGAUUGAUGUAUCAGAGUGAUGAAGAUGAACCUGACGAUACUUAUGAUGAUCAAGAAAAAACAACUGGUGUAUAG